UUUACGCAUGUCCGGUGUGACAUUUCAGUGCAGCUGCCUGUGACGGCUGCACAAACACACAAACACUGUCAGUAAAGAAGCUCAAGCCUGUCGCGUCUGAGGGCGCUUUCGACGGAGAAACCCACCGUAAAUGGGUUUAUCAUUACACCGGCCGUUACUUUCGUCGUUCCCUUCUACAUGGAUUGAGUGCCGUGGAUGGAUAUUAUUGUCGUCCUACCGAGAAACCUUACAUCGCCCUGUCCGCUACGGCAGCCAUAGCUCGGUCAUCGACGCUGGAGAGUACUGUAAUCUGCCCCUACAAUGGCAGUCUUUAGUCACCAGGUGCUCCUCGCAGUUACAAGAUCAAGGGGAUCAUAUUUGUUAUCCAAGAGGCACAGCUGCUCCUCCUUGUCUUCCAAAGCCUAUCUCCACGUAGUCCCUCCUUGCCACGUCUCGCCUUCGUUCCCACUCAGGUCCUCCCGCUAUGGUCACCAUCACUGUUUCCGUGGCCACCCCCUUGGUCGUAGCCACAGCUCUGUCCUCCUCACUCGCUCCCUACACAGCUCAGGUGUUUGGCUCCAGGACAUAAAGCAGGAGGACACUAAGACUUCACCACUACCACCACCUGCUGCUGCUCACGAUGCUUCUUCAGGAGAUAAAAAGGACUCUCCAGCUGCUGCACCUCAGUCCCAACCUCCAUCUGCUGCCCCUCCAGCACCAACAGCCGCCGCAGCCACCGUUGCUCCGGUUAAGGACAAGGCACUCGUGAAGAAGUCUCUGUAUCAGAGGUUCGUGGAUGAGUUGAAGCAUUACUACAAUGGCUUCCGGUUACUCGGCAUCGACACCAAGAUUGCUGGCAGGAUGGUGUGGAGGCUGCUGCAUGGACAAGUGCUCACACGCAGGGAGAGGAGAAGGCUGAUGAGGACCUGUGCUGACCUCUUCCGUCUGGUGCCCUUCAUGGUGUUUAUCAUCGUCCCCUUCAUGGAGUUCCUUCUUCCCGUCUUCCUCAAACUGUUCCCAGAGAUGUUGCCCUCCACCUUUGAGACGGAGACCAAAAAGGAGGAGAAGCAGAAGAAAGGUCUGGCUGCGAAGCUGGAGCUGGCUAAGUUUCUGCAGGAGACGAUCGCUGAGAUGGCUCGAAGGAAUAAAGCAAAGUCGGACGAUGAGGCGCAGCGCUUCUCCAAAUACGUUCAGGAGGUUCGGGGCACAGGAGAGCAACCCCAAACGAAGGACAUUGUCCGCUUCUCCAAGCUGUUUGAGGACGAGCUGACGCUGGAGCACCUGGAGCGCCCCCAGCUGGUGGCUCUGUGCAAACUGUUGGAGCUGCAGCCUAUUGGCACCAACAACUUGCUGCGCUUUCAGCUGAUGAUGAAACUCAGAGCCAUCAAGUCGGACGAUGAGAUGAUUGCAGCCGAGGGUGUGGCGGCCAUGAGUGUGUCAGAGUUGCAGGCAGCGUGCCGCAUUCGUGGGAUGAGGUCUCUCGGUCUUACUACAGAUCAGCUUCGUGAGCAGAUGCAGCAGUGGCUGGACCUGCACCUGAAUGAGAACGUUCCUCCAUCGCUGCUGCUGCUCUCCAGAGCCAUGUACCUGACAGACCUCAAACCCAAACCCCACGUCAUCCCGCCUGUUCCUAAGAUCGAGAAGGUUGGUGUGACUCCAGAGGAAAACCCAGUAGCAAAUACAGUCCCAGUCAGCAGCGACAGGUUGGCAGACCCUGCACUCAUCAUCAAAGACAGACCGGCAGAGGAAGUGAGAGACAAAGCUCCAGCCGUGUCAGACAAACCUCUGACUCCUGCUGAAGUCCUUCAGGCCAAAGCGGCAAUAGAAGGAACUCAGAAGAGCAAGAUCAGUGCGAACGGCGUGUGAAGAUGAGCAGGAGAGCCUGGAGCGAGGGGAGGAAUGGACGGGGCUAAAACCCCUUAUUCUGUUUUUGAACCAGCAUCUCACCCAGGAGUCCUGCCCGCUCCUCAUCUUCCUCACUGCAGGUUCGGCGGCUUCACCUCAGCUUUGCGCACCCCGAUCUCUGACACUCUCCCAACGUGCUACCGCCCUGGCAGUCAGCUGAUGGCUGCUGAUUCUGUGACCUGAAGUCAUUUCCUGGUGAACUGUUUGUGAUGACGAUGGUUUCUCCCUUUGUACAUUUGUAAAUAUGCUCAUUUUUGUUUUUGUGUUCUGUAACUGAAGCAGCAGCAGCUUUGUACAGUUUGUUAUGCGCAUACCAGGUUUUAUUUGCAGGUGUUUUUAACUCCUGUGCCAGCUGAGAGAGAAGUCAACCCUUUUCUUUUUUCUUUUCUUUUUUUCCCCACAGUAGCUGCCCCACCUUUGUUAAAGUCAGCUGUAGGCACCAGAAAGAUGCUGCCUACAUAAAAUAUAAAAGGUAUUAAAAUGUCAGAGAUUGAGUUGAUCUGAUGGUGAAACAGCAGGUUUAGAUUGGGGUGGGUGGGGGGGGUGAUGAUGACGUGCUGCUGUUAAGUGAAGAGGGGUUCGUCAUUAAGUGCGAGCUCACUGGUACAGCCACUGAAAGGACCAGCUAUUUCAAGUGUAUUAUGUUUUAACACUAUGAUGCUAAAGAGUCUUUAAACGGAAAAUGCUUGAUGUCCGCUCGCGUGGAGAAGCUGUAAGCCUGAAGCCACACAUGAGAUGAUUAUUUUUUGGUAUCGUGGCUGAUUUGCCCAAAUGUCUAACAUCGUUAUGCCCCCAUAUUUACUGUCAUGAAAGUUGGAAGGUUUCUCCAGCUUUGUGUGUGUGAUGCUUCAAACUCCCUGUAAACAUUUAAUGGAGAAGCAACUUGUGUGGUGUUUUAUUUCUUUUUCUUUUUACCCCACUCGUUGCUAUUUAUCCGUAGGCACCUCCUGGAAGUGGAUGACAUAACUGAAAGGACAUUUUAACUCCAAUCAUUGCUGGUUAAGACUUGUUUCACUGGUUUUACACAUGUGCCUAAGGUUAGAGGGUGAUUGUCUGUCAUCAGAAUAUAUUACUUUGGUUUUUCAGUCACCUCUGUGUUUGAAGCGCCCAGUUGCACCUUUUUCUCUAUAGACGAAUGUCUCCUGUUUGGCCCCUUCCCGUUUGAUCCAAAUGAUUCCUCGAAUUAUAAUCACCAGUGUUGUUACUGAUGGGAAAAGCAGACACCUUUUCAAUCAUCUCUACAUCCUGCGCUGAAGGAGAUCAAUAAAAAGACUCAAAACUUU